GUGACUGCAUCUUUUUUCUGGGGAGGGAGGGAAGAACGAGAGAGAAAGAGAUGUGUCAGUGAGUUCCCGCGAGAUGUGACGGAAGCCUGUGGAGGACCCGGGGUUUAAUGUGCGGUUCGGCCGGUGGUCGUGAGAGAGCCGUAUGCAGCUUAGGAAGAGCAUAAUGGGUGAUGUGAGGCCUAUCCUCUCCCCCCCCCCCCUUGGCAGGACGACUGAGACAGAGAAGCACUAAGAAACCACACACACACAUCGAAGGAUGAUAGAUGAAGGUGUAGGCUGCCUUCUCCAUUCAUUUACUAACAACUGUCAUGAAAAAGAAGUUAUAAUAAGUUCGCCUUAUGAAACUUGGCUUACAUGUGAAAUCUGCCAGGUAAUACAAGGACCUGUGGAAUAUGAGUGAUGACAAACCAUUUUUAUGCACUGCCCCUGGAUGUGGACAGCGUUUUACCAACGAGGAUCAUUUGGCUGUCCAUAAACAUAAACAUGAGAUGACACUGAAAUUUGGUCCAGCUCGUAAUGACAGUGUCAUUGUAGCUGAUCAGACCCCAACACCAACUCGAUUCCUGAAGAAUUGUGAAGAAGUGGGUUUGUUCAAUGAACUAGCGAGUCCUUUUGAAAAUGAAUUCAAAAAAGCUUCUGAAGAUGAUAUUAAAAAAAUGCCUCUAGAUUUAUCACCUCUUGCAACACCGAUAAUAAGAAAUAAGAUUGAAGAACCUUCAGUUGUUGAAACAACUCAUCAAGAUAGUCCUUUACCUCAUCCAGAGUCUACUACCAGUGACGAAAAGGAAGUGUCUCUGCAGCAGACGGCACAGCCUACAUCAACAAUUGUACGUCCAGCUUCUCUACAGGUUCCUAAUGUGUUGCUUGCAAGUUCUGACUCAAGUGUCAUAAUUCAGCAAGCCAUACCUUCACCAACUUCUAGCACUGUCAUAACCCAAGCUCCAUCCUCCAAUAGGCCAAUAGUACCGGUGCCAGGUCCUUUUCCUCUGCUGUUACAUCUUCCUAACGGACAAACCAUGCCUGUUGCAAUUCCUGCCUCAAUCACAAACUCUAAUGUGCAUGUCCCAACAGCAGUUCCACUUGUUAGACCUGUCACCAUGGUGCCUAGCAUUCCAGGAAUUCCAGGGCCCUCUUCCCCGCAGCCUGUACAGUCAGAGGCAAAAUUGAGAUUAAAAGCUGCUUUGACUCAGCAGCACACUCAGGUAACAAAUGGUGAUACGGCCAAGGGACAAACUAGUGGAUUGGUUAGAACUCAGUCAGAGGAAGCACGACCGCAAUCACUACAACAGCCUGCUACAUCUACUACUGAAACACCGGCUUCUCCAGCCCAGCCUGCACCACAAACUCCAAAUACAGGAGGGCGCCGAAGGAGAGCAGCAAAUGAAGACCCAGAUGAGAAAAGGCGGAAGUUCCUAGAGCGGAACAGGGCAGCUGCUUCAAGAUGUAGGCAAAAAAGAAAAGUUUGGGUACAGUCUUUGGAGAAGAAGGCAGAAGAUCUGAGCUCAUUAAAUGGUCAACUGCAGAGUGAAGUCACCCUGCUGAGAAAUGAAGUGGCGCAGCUGAAACAGCUUCUUCUGGCUCAUAAAGAUUGUCCUGUAACCGCCAUGCAGAAGAAAUCUGGCUAUCAUGCUACUGAUAAAGAUGAUAGUUCUGAAGACAUUUCCGUGCCAAGUAGUCCUCACACAGAAGCUAUUCAGCAUAGUUCAGUCAGCACUUCCAAUGGAGUAAGUUCAACUUCCAAGGCCGAAGCUGUGGCUACGUCGGUUCUCACCCAAAUGGCAGAUCAGAGUACGGAACCGGUGCUUUCACAGAUUGUAAUGGCUCCUCCGUCCCAAUCACAGCCUUCAGGAAGUUGAUUAAAAACUUGCAUUGUUUCUUAGAUAUUCCUUAGCAACUUCAAAGGGAAACCAAGGAAAGCAGCCUUCACCUAGGAGAAAUCUGUAGCUUAAAAAUUACUCAUCUGUAAAAUUCAAACUUGAAUUUGGCUUUGAAAGUUGGCAAGCAGAGGAAUUGCACAGCAGGUUCUGGUCUCUUAAUAGACACCCAGGUUAGUUUUUAUUUCCUAAUUAGGAUUGCUAGGCUGGUUUUAUUUUAUUUUUUUCCCCAGUGCUCGUUGUGUAAAGUGUUAGUACAGUUGAAAUGUACUUACUUCUCUUUCAUUGGGUGGUAUUCCCAAGAAAUACUGAGCUCAGUUACUUAAUGCUCACCCCAAAAACUGUGAUAGUAAUCUUGUAAUAUUUUAUACCAAAGUUUUGCAUAGAUUCCUAUUGACUUUGUAAACUCUACAAGAUCAUGAAGCACUAGGCAAGAGAAAAAAAGACAGGAACAAUUAAUUUGCUUUUAGUCUUUUUGCCUUUAUAUUGUUUUGCACAUUAUGAGAGCGAAAGCAUUGGGAGGAUAUGUUUGAUUAUAUUGUGUAGCAUUUUCUUUGGCUUUUUAACUGUUUGGGUGUGUUUAAAGAAUUUUGUUUUAACAGGGCCAGUACAGUAUAUGAUAUACAGUACUCUUUUAUGCACAUAUGUAAUCUUGAUCAGGGUCAUUAUACUAGCUCAAUUUUCUUUCAUUUACUGAUGUUGGCUUAGCUAGCAUUUCCAUUUUUAAAAUCAGGAGUUUAAUUUCUGCUACAAAAAACAAAUUCUGCAGCUACCCUCUUAACUAAACUAAACCAAUACCACCAGAUACUCUACAGGGUUAUGGAAGAUGGAAUACUUUUUCAAACUAACUUGAUAUUUUGUGGUUUCUUGAGUCUUAAAGUGAGGAGCUUAUUCAUACCUCAUUAUGGUAUGGAUGCCAGGAAAGUUUAAAAAUCCCUCAUCAAACAACUCAAGACUUUUUGGGGGGGGGCGUCAUUGUCUUGUAUUUGCAAGGUAACUUGUACUUUAUUCUUGUGUAAGCACUGUCAUCUUUUAGUAGCAAAAUUUUGAUACCUUUCUUGUGGGGAGGAAAUCAAUAUCUACCGUAAUGUGGAAACAAUGUAAUUAUAGUGUGGCGCGUGUAUGUAUGUGUGCAAGAGAGAAUGGUUUAGUAGUUUAUGCCGGCAAUCUGUGCUUGAAUGUUUAAAGAUGCCUUCAGUGUGAUGCUGGCGUGAUCGAUGAUUGCAGUUUUGAAAUGUUAUUUACUGUGUGAACUUGGAUAACUAACAUUCCAUGAUGUAGUUUGUUUCUGAUGAGAUGAUUGUAGGUACACUUUUUCUCAUUAUCCAAUCACCUGUAGGAUAUUGAGUUUUUUAAUGUGCCAUUAUCUAUUUUAAUUCUGUACUCAUGUUCAAAAAACAGUAUACUAUUUUAUGAUUCAGUUGUAAAAAAGCAAAAAUAGGUGUGUGCAGAAAAACUUUGUACAAUAGCAAAGUAAAUUACACAGUAGCAACAUCUGGCAGUAAAAUAGAAUUCCAUUAUGUAUAUAACAAAACAUUUAAUGCAUUGAUUGUGGGUUGUGUAACUCAUUUGUUCUACUCUGUUCUGUGCUCUGUUUUAACCUAGGUGCCAUCAAAACUAUGAAAUGAGACAUUCAGUUUUAAAUCAUUGAAUUGUAAUUGGUGGUAAUGGCAGAGGACAACUCUAAUUUGUAUGAUAUACAACCAAACUUAGAGUGGAAGCUGGACAAAGUCAUCUUAAAUUAUGUAUAUAUCAUUUCAGUGCUUUUAAGUCUGAAAAUAAGAAUUUAAAUAUUUUGUGUAUUGAAAAUGUAAGGAAGCAGAUUUUUGCAUAGUUUGCAAAAAGUGCUCUACAUGCAUUCAUUUUAUCAGCUUUUUUUUAAAAAAGGAAUUUAAUUUUGAAAAGAAGUUUUCAGAAUUUUUUUUUUUUUUUAGAUACCACAAGUAUAGUGUGCAGAUCUCCGGCACAAAAUGUGAAUUCUGCAAGUUACCUCCCAAAGAUAAUCGCUCUAGUCAGUCCAGAAUGGGGAAGAGACAUGCAUCUGAAUGUGUAUUCAAUUGCAGUGCAGUGCAGACAGGACAUACACUCUUGUGUGCACAUCUGGUUUACACCCAUGAUUUUAGCAAGUGAUACACAUAUAUGGAGGCCUGCUUCAACUUGCAGAUCCCGUUAUAUCUGAAUUUGAGUGAACGUCUCCCAUUUUGGGGUGGAUGAACUAAAUAUAAAUUUGGUUACAUUUGCUCCCCUAACUAUGAUGGGCAUAAUCAACCAGACACUGCUCUUUCUUCCUCCCUUCAUUUCUGUUCCUAAGCAACUGACUGAAAUGAAUGGUGUUCAUGCAGUAGCAAUUCCUGGUGCUGUAUAAGACAGUCCUAUUUUAAAAUGUUUAUUUAAUAUAAAGGGGUUUUUUUAAAUAACAAGCUGUUGCUGUUGUAAAGUGAAGCUAAAUAUGUGUGAGGAGACAUGUAAAUGAUGUUAAUGGUGGGAUCAGUAAAGAUCCUUCCUGUGUUCAGCAAACAGAGAAAACAGUUGUACGACCAUAGAUUCCGUUCUAAAAUGUAUGUCACACUACUUCUGUAUUUCGCAUUUGAAUCUUUGGAUUUGACAUGUUUCACAAACUGUACUGUUUUCUUCAAUGUGCAGUUUGCAUGAGUAAAUCAUCAGAGAAUAAAAUCUAUCUUUAAAUUGUA